AUGUCCCAGCCGGACAUGACUCGGGCCGAGUCUCUGGAUGAACAGGAUCCUCAUCGGAGGGAAAACGACGGCGAGAAGAAACCAAAGAACAGGAGACCUGCCAACACUGCUUUUCGGCAGCAGCGUCUCAAGGCAUGGCAACCCAUUCUCACUCCGAAAUCGGUCCUGCCUCUUUUCUUUGUCGUUGGCAUCAUAUUUGCUCCGAUCGGUGGUGUUUUGAUAUGGGCCAGUGCACAAGUGCAAGAAAUUAUGAUCGAUUAUUCGGACUGUGCUGCGAAGGCACCUGUCUAUCCUGAUUCACCUUCUCCGAUAGCAGACAGAGUAACUGCCUCCUUUAAAUCCUCGAAGCCGACUGCUGUCCCGACCUGGCAACAAAAGAAAGAGAACAAGCCUCCAGUUCAGUAUCCAACAACUGUGUGCUCUCUGUUCUUUGAGAUUCCGGAACCUCUUGGACCCCCCGUAUUUCUUUAUUAUCGCCUGACCAAUUUUUAUCAGAAUCACAGGAGAUAUGUUCAGUCCCUCGACAUUGACCAACUAAAGGGUAUCGCUGUGGAUAAUAAUACCAUAGCGGGAAGUACAUGCGAUCCUUUAAGGAUUGACCCUAAGACAGGCAAAGCGUACUAUCCUUGCGGAUUGAUCGCCAACUCUCGGUUUAACGAUUCGAUUUCCAGUCCUUAUCUGCUCAACAGCGAUGUGUAUAAGAUGACUGAUAAAGGGAUCGCUUGGCCCAGCGACAAGAAGCUAAUCCAGACCACGCAAUACAAACCAUGGCAGGUUGUGCCUCCACCAAACUGGCAUGAUAAGUAUCCAAAUGGUUAUACCGAUGAUAAUCUACCAGAUCUUCAUGAGGAUGAGGCAUUCAUGGUUUGGAUGAGGACUGCUGGACUUCCAACGUUCAGCAAGCUAUCCCUGAGGAACGACACCACGGCAAUGCCCGCUGGCACUUACCGAAUAGACAUUGAUGACUAUUUCAAUGUUACGCUCUAUGGCGGCACCAAGUCUAUCCUGAUCUCAACACGGACAGUCAUGGGAGGCAAAAACCCUUUCAUGGGAAUUGCUUAUGUCGUCGUGGGCGGUAUUUGCGUCGUACUUGGUGUUCUAUUUACCGUUGCGCAUUUGGUAAAGCCGAGCUUCGCUUGCUUCUCGAUUGCGAUUCUGAUUUCACUCUUCCCAUCUUUUCUAGCCCAGCAAAGUAAUCUUGGACCUUCCCCUCGAGGUUUCUGCGGGACAGGUCCCCCAAGCGAUUUACUAAGGGCUGAACACAAGCGCCUUUCCUCUGUUGACACUCAGCGUGUCAAAGGUGAUGAUGGAAGCAAUGAUGCCUUGUCUCCGAUCCAGAUUGAUACAUGGUUUCAUAUCGUGAGCACCAAUGACCAAAUGGAUCUCGUGACGGAUGAUAUGAUUAUGUCCCAGUUCUCUUACCUUCAGCGAGCGUACGCCAACACCAGCAUCUCGUAUAAGCUCGUCGGGGUCGAUCGCAGGAUCAAUGAUACCUGGGCUCGCAACGGCGACGAUCUUGGGAUGAAAAGAACAUUGCGCAAAGGGACAUACAGAACGCUGAACAUCUAUUUCCAGACCGAUCUACAAGUGUCUCCUGGGAGUAGUAUCAGUGCCCGUAGUGACAACAACAGUAAUGGAACAUUUCCCAUGUUGCCUCAAUUUGCUUCAAACCUCCUAGGUUUUUGCACACUUCCUAAUCCGAAGAUCAACGCGAGCAGCCCACCGGCUGAUUAUAUCGAGGAUGGCUGCAAUAUACUGGCGGCAACCAUGCCUGGAGGAUCCAUAGCGCACUAUAAUCUCGGGGGUACAACCGUCCACGAAGUCGGUCAUUGGAACGGCCUCUUGCACACAUUCCAGGGUGAGACGUGUGAUAGUGACGGAGACUAUAUUCCUGACACACCUUUUCAGUCCGUUCCUACGGAUGGAUGUCCUGCCACGAAGGACUCCUGUCCUAACUCUCCUGGUCUGGAUGCCAUACAUAACUUUAUGGAUUAUUCGUCUGAUGACUGUUAUCAAGGAUUUACCAACGACCAGGCCAACAGAAUGAGGAACAUGUGGUCCUUAAUGAGAGAUGGGAAAUGA